AUGGAAAAGGUGGACACUACAAAGCGUCUAUCGCAGCUGCGUGACCUGAUGCGACAGCACAAAGUUGACAUCUACAUUGUGCCCUCGGAGGACAGCCACCAGUCAGAGUACAUUGCUCCUUGCGAUGCCAGGAGGGCGUACAUCUCGGGCUUCACUGGCUCCGCAGGCACGGCCGUCAUUACACUCGAGAAGGCAGCUCUGUCGACCGAUGGGCGCUACUUUAAUCAGGCUUCUAAGCAGCUGGAUGAGAAUUGGUUGUUGUUGAAACAGGGCAUGGAAGACGUCCCGUCGUGGCAGGAAUGGACUACAGAGCAGGCAGAGGGCGGCAAAACUGUCGGCGUCGACCCCACCGUGAUUACAGCCAGCGAUGCUCGCAAGCUCAGUGAGACGUUGAAAAAGAAGUCACAUGCAACCCUAGUCGGAGUCUCAGAGAAUCUAGUUGAUAACAUCUGGAAGGACCGCCCACCAAGGCCGGCAGAGAAAGUUAUUGUCCUCUCUGAGAGGUAUGCCGGCAAGUCUUUUCAGCAGAAACUUGAUGACCUCCGCAAAGACCUGAAGAAGAAGAAGGCUGUGGGGAUGGUUGUGUCGUUGCUUGACGAGGUCGCGUGGCUUUUCAACCUUCGCGGCAGUGACAUCCCGUAUAAUCCUGUCUUCUUCUCAUACGCAGCGAUCACACCAAACACGGCUACGCUAUAUAUCGAUUCGGCCAAGAUAGACACGGAAGUGAGACAGCACCUUGAAGGGACGGUCGAAAUCAAACCUUACGAUGACCUUUUUGCCGACCUCACUGACAUCUCUGAAAAAGCGGCGAGUGAAUAUCAAGCCAACGGGGUUACUAAAUCCCAUUUCAAUAAACUCCUGCUCUCUAACAAGUCGUCCUGGGCACUCUAUCUCGGCUUGGGUGGCGAAGACAAGGUCGAAGAGUCUCGAAGCCCAAUUUCCGAUGCAAAAGCUAUCAAGAAUCCCACCGAACUCGAAGGAAUGCGACAAUGUCACAUCCGUGAUGGUGCUGCAUUGAUUGAAUACUUUGCCUGGCUAGAAGAAGAGCUACUCAGUGGAUCAUGGAUCGAUGAGGUCCAGGCGGCAGAUAAGCUCGAGGAAAUUAGAUCAAAGGGUGAGCAUUUUGUCGGCCUUUCCUUUGACACAAUUUCGGCUACAGGCGCAAACGCCGCCGUGGUACAUUACUCUCCUGAGAGGGGAAACUGUUCAACAAUCGACGUCAACGCCGUCUAUCUGUGCGAUUCCGGGGCUCAAUACCUCGAUGGGACGACCGACACCACCAGGACAUUACAUUUCGGGACCCCCAAAGAUAUGGAGAUCAAGGGCUAUACCUUGGUGCUUAAAGGGGUCAUCGCUCUGGAUCGCGCGGUCUUUCCUAAAGGUACAACAGGAUUCGCCAUCGAUGCAUUCGCCCGCCAACAUCUCUGGCGCGAGGGGCUGGACUACCGCCACGGCACUGGUCACGGUGUAGGUUCCUUCCUGAACGUCCACGAAGGCCCUAUUGGUAUCGGCACCCGCGCCGCGUACACCGAAGUUUCUCUGAGUAUCGGCAACGUCAUCUCCGACGAACCGGGCUACUAUGAAGACGGCAACUUCGGAGUGCGGAUCGAGAACAUGAUCAUGGGUCGCGAGGCCAAGACGAAUCACAAGUUUGGGGAUAAACCCUGGCUUGGGUUUGAGCAUGUGACCUUGGUGCCCAUGUGCAGGAAACUGAUCGACCCUAGUCUUCUGGAUCCUGAAGAGAAGCAGUGGCUAAAUGACUACCAUCAGGAGGUAUGGGAUAAGACAAGUGGGUUCUUUGAGGAGGACGAGAGAACCACAAAGUGGUUGAAGAGGGAGACUGCUCCGAUCUGA